AUGGCAAUAGCAGCAUGGAGUGGCCAGCGGAUGCAGACGGCGCUGUCUCUGCUGAGACCCAGGUCCAACCUGCUCCGCCUGGCACCAGCAGUCGCCUUGGGGGCGCCGCUACCCGCUGAAGCCGCGCUGAGGGUGCUCCUGCAAAAAAGGAGCGGGCGUGAGCUGACCUCGCCCAUCUUCAACAUUCCGCCGAAGCAGCAGGUCUAUCCUGAUUGGCUGGAAGGGAGCUGGCAGGCCACUUCGACGUUCGCAGGUUUCGAGUUCCCCACCCUGCCGCGAGCACAGGUCAUGAGACAGGAUGAUGUGCCUGGCUUCAAGAAAUGCUCCAUCAUUGAUUUCGCUGAUGUGGGCAAGUCGCCGCUCGAGUAUAACAUGAGCUUCGUGAAAGAUCAAGGUGUCGUUGUUGAAGACUUGCCUUUCAACCUGCGCUCCUCGGUGGCUGCUCACUUGGGAGGCAAGGGCCGAAUUACGAGCGUGGACUACAAUCCUCAGAGUGAUCCCAAUCGCAUCACGAUCAGGCUCCUCGCCACGAAGAACGCAGAGCGGGUGGAGCUCUUCGUCAAUGCCCGCGAUUCCGAGCAACCUUCCGAGGAGCCCGACCUGUUCCUGUCCAGUGAAUACCGCCGACAGGUGACGUUCUCCUCGAGAGUUGCUCAAGGAUACAACUGUAACUACCAGCACUUUCGGACCUUCCAACGAGUGGGUCCCGACAAGCUGCGCCUGAACGUCCUCACGGCCUCCUACUUGGACCCUCUGAGCCCGCUCUACUUCGACACCUUCGACAAGCCCGCCAUCGUCUACGCCCAUGAGCUCGAGCUCACUCGCGAUGAAUACCUGAUGUGGGACUGCGAGUUUGCCUGCGGCGAUGGUCUGGUCGUGGGCGAGGAGCAGUGUGAUGACGGGAACCUAGCGGCUUUCGAUGGAUGCGAUGCUUCCUGCAAGGUGGAGCCUGGGUUCGUCUGCGAUGGCCAAGGGAAAGACGGAGCCUCCACGUGCCGCCCGCUGGGUUGCGGCCCUAUGCCGCAUCCCCAGGGACUGCCACCAGCCUGUGGGCAGGCUGCAUUGAGCCCUUCGAGCCCAAGUGCAUUUGCUUGCCGAAGGUCUGAGUUGCUGGACACCUGCACUCCCGGCCUGGCGCUGUCUCCUCCGGAGCUUCUGGCCGCUUGUACCGGAAUCGACAGCGGAGACCGCUGCGGGCACGUCGCUGCACGACCCAAGGCCAUCCUAGCAGAGCUGGUUGACGAAGGCCGGGCAUUGAUCGUCGUGUUCGAUGCGCCGGUGAAUGGAACCGAGUAUGGCGUGGAGCUACCGUGCGAAAGCCUCUUUGCCCCGGCCACGGUAGCGGAGAUUGGAGAUGAGGCGAGCUGCUUGCAAGGUUCGCCACGGCACUUCGUGGUCCGCCUGGGCUUCGGGGCCUCCUUGGGCAUCGCGGAGGACUCUACGGCGGUUCUGGUGUUGGAUGUCGCUCGACAGUACGCCAGCAUCGACGCAGCAAUGGAGGUCGCACGGCCUUUCGAGUUUCCUGCGGAGCGAAUCUAUCUUGGACCUGCUCUGGGAACUCCACUUGCGCGCGCAGAGCCGAUCGUCGUCUUGCGAGGACCGAACAUGGCGGGCGAAUGUGGGGAUGUUGUGCUCGAUGCCACCGCCAGCACCGGGAAUGCGGGGAGGCCCUGGAAAACGACGCAGUGGCGAUGCACGGGGGAUCCCUCCCAAUGCGCAGAGGUGCGUGCCUUCCUGCCGAAUUGCAACACGCUCACGCCGGGCCUUGCCACAGCAGGCUUGGAGGUCGGGGCGGCGCCCUGCGGACUGCGGGCGACGAUCCCCGAGGCGACGGCCUUUUCUUUGGCUGCGGCCCUUGCCACGGUCGUUGUCUACCUCAAGCUGGAGAAUGCCUUGGGCGAGUGGUCCGAGGCAGCGCACACGCUGAGCUUCGUGGUGGAUCGGAUCCCUGUGGCCGUUGCCCUCACAAGCAGGGACAUCUUCGUGGACCAGGGCCAGAGCAUCCGGUUGGAGAUCUCAGUGAGCCCUGCGCUGCCGGUGGCUUCUGUGGGAGCCGGCAGCACGUGUGGAGCUUUGGGGCCAAUCAGCGUGGAGUGGCGCCAUGGUCUUGGCAACCUAGCCGACCCAGAGCAGGUCUGGGAUUCUCUCCUGGAGCUGCCCACGUCGCUGAUCCCGUCGCUGGAUGCCAAAACCGCCACGCUGGAGGGCUAUUUGGGCUCGCUGGAUCUGCCCGGAACAAACUGGACGCUUGUGGCACGUCCACGCCUCGGAGACUGA